AUGCUUGUGCUGUUGCUGUCACUACUGCCCCUGGCAGACUCUGGAAGCUGCUCUGCCGGCACGGCCUACCUGCAGCUGCAGGGCAACGUGCAACGGACCGUGCAGAUCGGCGGCUGCAGCGCCGUGGCCUCCGAGCUAGGUGCCACAGAUGCUUUGUGCUCCGAAACCUGUGGCUACCUUGCUCCUGGCCAAUGGCCGUGUGGUGAAGGAGGCCCCUGCGUUUGCGGGGCAACAACCACCGCCACCCCAACCACAGCCACCCCAACCACAGCCACCACCACAGCAGCAAGCACCACCACAACAACCACGACGACCACCACAACUGCCACAACGACCGCCGCUGCCACAACUAGCGUCGGCAGCACUCUUCCCCCGUCUUCCCUUGUUGAGCAGACGGUUCAGGCCUUGCAGAAUUCCAACUCCGCCGGCGUAUUUCAGUACGACACCGGCAACGGCUGGCUGGAGUCCGACAUCUACACCUGGCCCGACAUGAUCGAGGCGGUGCGGGUGAUGGCCACCAGCGGUGUGGGCCAGCUGAAGCUGUGGCUGGGAGACUCGGACCACGUCUAUGGCCUGGUGAACGUCGCAGCCUUCCUGGCCCAGUGCAUGCAGGAGACCAUCCAGUACAAUGCCUGUGAUGAGAACAACUGGAGUGACAAGAGCGUGGUGGCAGAAGCUGGUGGCUCCACCUACUCCUCAACGUCUUCCUGCGGGCAGCUGCACCAGUCCUACCAGGACUACGGGUGCUCAGCGGAGGAAGACGCCUUGGCGGGCGGCCGCAUGGCCUGCGAGGUGGACCCCAACAUGGAGAUGAGGGCCUUCACCCAGGCUGGCUGGUACGGGGCGCCUGCCCGGCUGUUUUGCGCUCCCAAAAGCAAGGUGCCCAAGGCGCCGCGCUGGGACUUCAGCAGCCCCUGGUGCCCUCAAGAAGGCGGUUGGGGGUACGAGCCGCCUUUUGCGGACGAGGUGGAGCUGGGCACCUACUUCGACUAUGUGAACUCGGGCGGAGGCUGCAAGGACUACCAGGGCAUCAAGACGGGCGGCUGGACCUUUGAGGGCUCUGGCUGUGUGGACGGCGCCUGUCCGGGAGCAGAUGCCCCACUCUUCGGACAGCCGGAAGGCCGCACAGACGUAGAGGGCUGCUGCUGGUGGGGCAGAGGGGUCAUCCAGACCACGGGCACUUGCAACUUUGGAAAGCUGAACUUCUUCAUGGGCAAGCGUGCAGCGGAUGAGAACCGCGCCGCAAUUUAUCCCUCCAUUGACUUCUGCAAGAACCCCAACUCCAUCUGCGACCCGAGCAGCCCGCCGGAGCUCAAAUGGGUCGCAGGCAUGUUCUACUGGCUCAAUGCCGUGCAGCCAUACAACUCAGGAGGCUGGAACUACAAGACCGAGCUGAAGAAGUGGGUUGAUGGUGGAAUGAAGAUGAGUGACACGUCCUUCAUCAACGGUGCGUCAGGCAUUGUCAACCGUGGCUGCCACAACCCACCAAACUGCGGCACGGGCGAGCUUCAUGCUGGCCCCGAGCGAGCCACCAAUUUUCAGAAGGUGCUGAAGGCAAUGGGAUUAAUUUGA